AUGGCCUCCAAGCGCAAGGCAGCGGCCAUGGCGCCAGCGCCUGCGGUCGAAGAGUCAGUCGACCCAGCGGAUGAGUUGAUGUUUCUUUGCUUGGGAGGAGGCAAUGAAGUUGGCAGAUCCUGUCACAUCAUUCAGUACAAAGGAAAGACUGUUAUGUUGGAUGCAGGACAGCAUGCAGGCUAUGAGGGUCUUGCAUCUCUUCCAUUUUACGACGACUUUGACCUUAGCACAGUUGAUGUUCUCUUGAUCAGCCAUUUCCACGUUGACCAUGCAGCUUCAUUGCCUUAUGUUUUGGCAAAGACCAAUUUCAAAGGAAGAGUCUUCAUGACGCAUCCUACCAAAGCUAUCUACAAAUGGCUCAUCCAGGAUAGCAUCAGAGUUGGCGGUGCCUCUUCGGACUCUAAGGGCCAGCCAGUAUACACAGAAGCAGACCAUCUCUCUACGUUUCCUAUGAUUGAGGCGAUCGACUACCACACCACCCAUACAAUCUCUUCAAUCCGGAUCACGCCCUACCCAGCUGGUCAUGUCUUGGGAGCCGCCAUGUUUCUGAUCGAAAUCGCUGGGCUCAAGAUAUUCUUUACCGGAGACUACUCUCGAGAGGACGAUCGACAUUUGGUGUCUGCUGAGGUACCUAAAGGAGUCAAAAUAGAUGUCUUGAUCACCGAAUCGACCUACGGCAUUGCCGCGCACGUUCCUCGAGUGGAGCGAGAGCAGCAGCUCAUGAAGUCUAUCACAAGUAUCUUGAACCGGGGUGGUCGUGUUCUGAUGCCGGUCUUCGCUCUCGGCCGAGCCCAGGAACUUCUUCUGAUCCUGGACGAAUACUGGGCUCUCCAUCCUGAGUUCCAAAAGAUUCCCAUAUACUACGCCAGUAACUUGGCACGAAAGUGUAUGCUUGUCUAUCAAACCUACGUCGGUGCUAUGAACGAGAAUAUCAAACGGCUUUUCCGGGAGAGAAUGGCAGAAGCAGAGGCAAGCUCAGAUACCGCUGCUAAGGGUGGACCCUGGGACUUCAAGUACAUCAGAUCCUUAAAGAAUCUGGAUCGUUUCGACGAUGUGGGACGCUGUGUCAUGCUGGCUAGUCCAGGUAUGCUGCAAAACGGUGUGAGUAGAGAGUUGUUGGAGAGAUGGGCUCCGAGUGAGAAGAAUGGUGUGGUUAUCACUGGCUACAGUGUUGAAGGCACCAUGGCGAAGCAGAUCAUGCAAGAGCCAGAUCAGAUCCAAGCUAUCAUGUCUCGGAAUACCGGUGGUGCACGAAGAGGUCCAGAUCUAUCAGAGUCCGAGAAAGUUAUGAUACCUCGGCGGUGCAGCGUUCAGGAAUUCUCAUUUGCAGCACAUGUUGACGGUAUCGAGAAUCGAGAAUUCAUCGAAGAGGUCGCAGCUCCGGUUGUGAUUCUUGUCCACGGUGAAGUACAUAAUAUGAUGCGCCUCAAGUCGAAGUUACUUUCUCUCAACGCCGACAAGACAAACAAGGUCAAGGUUUUCAGUCCGCGAAACUGCGAGGAGCUUCGAAUCCCUUUCAAAGCAGUCAAGACAGCGAGGGUGGUUGGAAAGCUGGCAUCUAUUCCUGCCCCAGCAGCCAAUAGUAACCAGUCACAACUCAUGACUGGAGUCAUAGUACAGAACGACUUUAAGAUGUCUCUGAUGGCACCAGAAGACUUGAGAGAGUACGCAGGCUUAACAACGACGAUAAUCACUUGCAAGCAGCGCAUGACUCUCAGUGCUGCGGGUAUUGAGCUGAUAAAAUGGGCUUUGGAGGGUACCUUUGGAUGUAUCGAGGAGCUUCCCGAGAGUAAGAAUAAGGCCAACGGUGAUACGCAUAUGAAAGGAUCUUCCGAGGAUGCGGAUGAAGAAAUCUCGAGUCGGACCACGGCGUAUCUUGUUAUGGGCUGCAUUAUUGUUCGACACCGAAACAACGGGGAGGUAGAGCUGGAAUGGGAGGGGAACAUGCUCAAUGACGGUAUUGCUGAUGCAGUCAUGGCUGUGUUGUUUUCCGUGGAGAGCAGUCCAGCUGCCGUGAAACAAUCAUCCAGCAAGCACUCUCAUACUCAUGACCCUCCAGCUCGCAACCCGCACUCCAAACUGUCUCCUACUGAACGACUAGAGCGCCUCUUCAUGUUCUUGGAAGCACAAUUCGGAGCCGAGAAUGUCACCCCAAUCGCCGUACCUAGGAUCAAUGCAGCUGCGAGAUCCCCAUCAACGAUCAAGGAGGACGAGGAAGCCCCCGAGGGCUCAGAAGAAGAAGAGACAGAGCUAGAAGCCCUUCAGCGCAAAGAGAUUGAGAGGUUGCAUAAGAUUGGAAUUCCUGUUCCGGGAGUCGAGAUCAAGGUCAACAACGCUGUCGCUAAGGUCUGGCUUGAGGAUCUGGAGGUUGAAGGCGCGAGUAGGGUGCUUUGCGAGAGACUAUACCUGUGCGUCCUCGCCACGCUCUCCAUCACCAUCAUGCUGUUGACCGGCGUGCAUCUCGACACCUGA